CUCACACACACACAUAUAUAUUAUACACACAUAACAUGAGCAUUUUGAAAGCAAGCUUCAAAGAACAAUUAUUUGGCUUUUCAUCAAUGGAGGAAAUGAUAGAGAAAGAAACUAGUGCAAUUCCAAAAGUGAUCGAGUUUCUGUCUUGUUUGCUGGAAAGAGUUGCAGAAUCAAAUGAUAUGAGGUGUGGAUUUGAAGCUCAGAAGAUGUCUGUGUUCCAUGGCUUAACGCGACCAACCAUCUCGAUUCAUAAUUACAUGGAGAGAAUCUUUAAAUAUGCAAAUUGUAGCCAGUCUUGCUUCGUCGUUGCGUACGUUUAUCUCGAUCGAUUUGCUCAAACUCAACCUUCCUUUCCUAUCAAUUCUUUCAACAUUCAUCGCUUGCUUAUUACCAGUGUCAUGGUGGCUGCUAAGUUCAUGGAUGAUAUGUAUUACAAUAAUGCAUACUACGCAAAAGUAGGAGGAAUCAGCACAAGAGAGAUGAACUUUCUUGAAGUGGAUUUUCUUUUUGGUUUAGGGUUCUACUUAAAUGUGACUCCAAACACAUUUCAUACAUAUUGUUCUUUCCUUCAAAAGCAGAUGACAAUGAUGCAACCUUCCAUUUCUACACCACUUAAGCUUCAUCAUCUGGGUUUGUCAGAUCAUGAAGAAACUUCUCAUCAGAAUCACCAACUAGCUGCUGUUUAGAUUUUUAUUUUGUUUUUAUGUAUAAUUAGUUAGAUGUAGAGAUUGAUUAAUU